CCAUCGUCACAGGUGCAACAAUGUAACAAAAUUUCAUCAUCCUCCAUCAUAAGUCUGCACGAAAGUAUGCAGUUAAAAAAGCGUCCCCGCCGAAGACGCGAGGACGAGAAUGAUAAGAUCGCUCGUGGCUACAAGACAGUCACCGCGUUUGCUACGGCCGAAGAGUACGAUCUCGAUCGGCUGCUGCGAGCUCUGCGGGAACAGAAUCUUUACGAACCGAAGCAGUUUCUGUCGAGCGACGACAUCGACACCGAACCAGACGUGCUGCACGUGACGGCUAAGUACAAGCUGGGUGACGAAUGUCGUGAUCUGUACUUCUUCCGCGAAGGCACGGUGGUGCUGUGGAACUGUACCGAUCUGGAAAGCAGCAACAUACUGCGGUUUUUGCGCCCGUUCGAGCAGGAUUCGUACGACGAAGGCACCGUGCUGGAGGAAAGCGAAUCCAUGCUGUUCAACCAUGACGGAGUGGCUCGCCUCAAGUACAACAGCUUCUACGUGUCGAAAUCAGAAGAGGCCGACCUGGAGAAGUACACGUUCUCGAAUGCGAUGUCGCUAUCGGUGAAGCUUGGCAUCUGGGAGGCGUCGCUCGAGCGCUACAUCGACUCGAUGGCGUACGUUACGGAGGAUCUGAAAAAGGGCAACAAGAUUAAAAUUACCCGGCCCGAAAUGCUGCGCCGUACCGGUGAGCUGUUUGCGUUGCGGCACGUCAUCAAUCUCAGCUCGGAUUUGCUGGACACGCCGGACUUUUACUGGGACCGAGAGCAGCUCGAAACGCUGUACAAUCAGACGUGCGCCUACUUUAGCAUUACGCGCCGGACGCGCGUCAUGAACGAGAAGCUAAAUCACUGUGUCGAACUGGCCGAUCUGAUCAGUUCCAACCUGAAUGAUGACCAUCACGUACGGCUGGAGUGGAUGAUUAUCAUCCUUAUCAUGGUGGAGGUCGGUUUCGAGGUGUUGCACUACGUUGAUAGGUUUUCCUAA